UUGUAUAAAUCCACUCCUGACUUUUUGUACUCUGCCACGCUAUAUAACAUAUCUUUGUGGAUUGAUUUUUUUAAGUUUUUAGCCUUAAUAUAGACUGUGCCUUGAAUCUGAGAAUAAUUUUGGUAAUGAGUAUGAAUUAUAUUUAAAUGACUGGGAUAGAGACAUUAAUAGAGUGCUCAAUUGAAAAGAAUGGAAAAAUAAGGAGAAAAAGUAAAAAUAAAAAUAAGUGAGGUUAAGACAAAAAUAUUAGUUAUUUUGUAAUCAUCUAUGAGUAUUCAUACUUUUUUUUUUAACACCAGAGCUGGAGUAUGCAAAAUAUAGUAAGGUUCAAACACAAUUUAACAUAUGACCCAAUAUUCUUCAUAAGGAAAGGGCUAUCAUUCUUUAGGAAAGACGGAUGUUGGAUUUUGUAGGGGAUAAACAUGAGAGCCUUUGUAUGAUCUUAAAGAAGAUAUAACAAUAAGAAAGAAAUUAACAAAAUUUUGAAUUGUAAUGUCUUAAAUCUGAAAGAAAGUAGAGGGGUGAUUGAUGUGAAUAAGAAGAAAAGAGGCUGCUCUGGAGAGAAACACGCAGAGCAGUGGUGCUAACAACAACUACUAGGGGUGGCCACUCAACAUUUUAGUUUUUAAAUAGAUUCUUUUGUGAAACCCUCCUUUGUCAUUGCAAACCUUCAGUCGGAAUCCCAGUACUUACAUACUAGGUGAGUAACACAAUCCUUAUGUGUGAGGACAUGCUUUAUGUCUGCGGGGGACUAUAUCAGAGAAAAGAGCCCAACAAGGUAAGAUAUAUAGAGUUAAGAUUUGUCAAGCAAACACAAAUAUUAGCUUUGAAAAAGCUAAUAUCUCUCAAAAUAAAAGUAAAGAUCAAAAUACAGUCAAGACUCAGAACAUAAAGAAAGAAGUAAAUGCAAAUCUUCAGGAAAACCAGGCAAGCAGAAUGGACAGUGUUCGUGAGGAUGUAAAUCUUCACGAGGGUUCAGAAGUUUGAUGAGGAAAUUCAGCUCGCACUCCACACCUGGAGGUGCUCAUGUCAACUUUUCAUUGAUUUUACGACGGAACAGCAACGUCUAUGAAAGAGAGUCAUAACAAUGAAGGAGCUUUGUUUAGCAAGGAGGAAUGAGUCACUAGGUAGUGUAAAAUAAUUCAAUGUAAAGUAAAUGUGUUGGAAAAACUUUGAAAUAUGAUAGAGAAGAAAACAUUUGCAACAGGAUAGAUGUUCUGCUUCUUUGUUUUUACAUUAUAAGAGUUUAUCAAUGAGAUGUUAUCAUUUUGCAAUGGCUGGGCUUAUGGACCUGGAGGAAAGAAAACAAGCUCAAAGACUUGUGUUUAUUUAGUUACUGAAAUUUUGAGCCAAGACUGUUACAAGAAAAUGUUUAUUGGCUGCUGCUAAUGACUAGCAGAAUAUUCAGAGAAGUUGGGUGUGGGGAGCAAUGUGUGUGUGCGUGCAUGUGUGUGUGUGUGUGUGUGUAUUUGGAGAACCUCAAGUGAAAUGGAUGUGUUGUGCAGGCCUUCCCUCCUCAUUUCUAAUUGCUUCUUAUUUUCUUUAAGAAAUAGAAGCCAACGAUGAGGAAUCACACAACAGUGACAGCCUUUAUUCUUCUUGGCCUAACAAAUGAUCCACAGUUACAGGUGGUCCUUUUUCUUCUCCUUUUAUUCACCUACAUGUUGAGUGUCACCGGGAACCUUCUCAUCAUCACCCUUAGCCUACUGGAUUCACAUCUCAAGACCCCUAUGUAUUUCUUCCUCCGAAAUUUCUCAUUUUUAGAAAUCUCCUUCACAACCGUCUGUAUCCCCAAAUUUCUUGUUAGUAUGGCAACAGGUGAUAGGUCUAUUUCUUACAACGAUUGUGCGGCACAACUGUUUUUCACUAUUCUCCUGGGAGCCACUGAGUUUUUCUUGCUGGCUGCCAUGUCCUUUGACCGCUAUGUGGCCAUCUGCAAGCCUCUGCACUACAUGACCAUCAUGAGCCCCAGGGUGUGCAACUUGCUUGUCUUUGCUUCAUGGUUAGCUGGUUUCCUGAUCAUUUUCCCACCCCUCGUGAUGGGUCUGCAGCUUGACUUCUGUGCUGCCAACACCGUGGAUCAUUUCUUCUGUGAUGUUUCCCCCAUACUGCAGCUCUCUUGCACAAACACAGACACCAUCGAACUGAUGAUGCUUCUGGCAGCCAUCUUGACACUCCUGGUCACACUGGUGUUAGUGAUUCUUUCCUACACGCACAUCCUCGGGACUAUUCUGAACAUACCUUCUACUCAACAGAGGAAGAAAGCCUUUUCCACGUGUUCUUCCCACAUGGUGGUUGUGUCCAUUUCCUACGGAAGCUGCAUCUUCAUGUACGUGAAACCCUCUGCAAAGGAAAGGGUGUCGUUGAAUAAAGGGAUAGCCCUGCUCAGCACCUCUGUUGCACCCAUGCUGAAUCCUUUUAUUUACACGCUGAGAAACAAACAGGUGAAAGAUGCUGUAAAGCACAUGGCCAAAAAGCUCCAAGUCUUCUCACUGAAAUGAACCAAGUUAAGGACGUGACUAUAGUCACGAGUAAAAUAACACAAGGAGAGCAGCGUGUCUCACAGCUCUCUUCCAUGUCUGUACUCAGAACAAUGUUUCUUGACCUGCACUUUUCACUGUGGCUACCUAAUCAACACAGCCUAACCCAUA